CAUUCUCUCUUUCUCUCUCUCUCUCUCUCUCUCUCUCAAAAGUACUUGCAUCUGCGAAUUGCAAUACUAGUUCUACUUUACAAUAUCAUCACUCUCUCUCUCUCUCCCUCCCUCCCUCCCUCCCUCACUGUCUCUCUCCAUCACAAUACCAUCUCUCUCUUUCUCUCUCUCUCUGACCAUUGCAUUCCCUCUCUAAAAACUGCACAUCAACAGCUACUUCUGAAGCCCGCAGUCACAGAUUCUGCUCAUACUGGAGUGGAAGGUGGAAAUUACAGUUGGUUGUUAGCAAAACUCGACCUCGGACAUCACAGGCACGGUAGCAUAGAAGAUAGAACCAUGCCAUGCAUCAGGACCUGUAUGUUUGGCCCAGUGAAUGGCCUUGAAGGCAUGAGAAAAGGAUGGGAAAAAUGGGACUUGAGGAUUCUAGUUCUAUACAUCCUUUUUACUCAGUUAUACCUUCAUGUUUUUGGGCGUCAUCGUAGAAAGGGUACUACACAGCUGAUGAUCAACGUGAAUGUCUGGUUUUUAUACUUGUUCUCUGAUUUACUGGCAACAAUUGCACUCGGAAAGCUAUCCAAGGUCAAAGGUGACGACGAGGAUAUCAGUCCAAUUAGUCUAUUGAGGGGUUUAUGGGCACCAAUAAUCUUGUUUUAUCUUGGAGGUCCAGAUACCAUGACCGUCUUACGCUUGGAAGAAAAUCAAAUGUGGUCGAGGCACGCUAUAGGACUAUUGACACAAGGUCUAAGAACAAGUUACGUCCUAAUUCUAACUUGGACUUGGACUUCUCCCAUGGGGUUCUCUCUUUUGGCCUUGUUGAUGCUCUUUCCUGCACUUAUCAAGUAUGGAGAGAGAGUGUGGGUAAUCAAGUCAAUAUCCGAGAAAAAGUAUGUGGGUUUUGUUCAAAUUGAUGAAAACACAAUUGACAAAAUCAGUAGUGCACAACCUAACGCCAAGCUAGUGCUCCAAGCCUAUUCUUAUUUCCAUACCUUAAAACCUCAUAUUUCCAAUUAUGUGGGUGCUAGGUCCAAAUUGAACAAAUUGACAAAAGAAUUUCGUGAAUUGAUGAAUAGAGAUGAUGCUGCUCACAAUACUUUCAAGUUGAUUGAGAUUGAGUUGGGGUUGAUGUAUGACAUGCUCUUCAGUAAGGUAGGCACAAUUUUUACAGUAUGUGGAAGCAUUCUCAGACUCAUUUCCAUCUCUUGCAUCGUAACUGUGUUGGUGGGCUUUUUCUUAGUUAAAAAGCCUGAUGGGCAUUUAAAAGGUGAUCUUCCGAUAACCAUAAUUUUGCUAGUUGGAGCCAUUUGUUUAGAAAUAGGUGGAGCUCUUGUGCAACUUGGUUCAGAUUGGGCAAUUGUUUGGGCAUGUACGCAUUACCCGAGUAAGUUGGUCACUCCAGUUUUUAAUCUUCACGAAUUUGUGAUCUCUAAAAACAAAAGAUGGUCUGAGGUUAUGGGACAAUUUAGCUUGCUAAACUUUUGCAACAAAUAUGAACGGACAAAGUUCGAUGACAUGGUGGUGGGUUUAUGUGGCAUCGAAAAAAGAUGGAAGAAAUUUAGCCUACCAUCGCAUAGAGUCGACCUUAGUAUCAAAGAACUUAUCAUCUGUCAGCUUGGUAAGAUAUCACAGAAUGAUUUGGAAGUUGAAACUCCACAGGCUUAUACCAUUAAAAGAGGUGAGUGGACCCUUGGCAAAAGUAUUGCCGUUUGGCACGUUGCUACAGACAUUUGCCUUGAAAAAUAUGGAGUGGAACCAGAAAGUUCAAAGUCAAUCACAAAAAAAGUGAAAACAACCAAAAUAUUGUCAUAUUACAUGAUGCAUCUUCUGCUUUUUUGUCCUACUUUACCUUUCUGUAACAACAGUGAAAAUUUUAAGCAAGCUUAUCUUGACGUGGAUAAAUUUUUUAAAGAAGCAGAGUCUAAUGGAAAAGAACUUGCCAGUAGUUUAAUGGAGAAGGAUGACAAAUGGGAGAUCAUGAGUAAUAUAUGGGUAGAGAUGUUGUGCUAUGCUGCAAGCUGCUGCUCGGUGAAUCACCAUGUUCAAGAGCUUAGGCAUGGUGGACAGUUUCUCACUCAUGUCUGGCUUCUACUAAAGCACUUGGGUGCAACAAAAAUGUUGGAGAAAAAUGCAUCUCAACAAUUGAAUGACAAAGAAGACAUAGAGUCGGAAUUAAAGGAUGGUGCUGAAGACAUAGAGUCAGAAUUAAAGGAUGGUGCUGAAAAUAUAGGAUGUUGCUUCUGAUACCUUUCAAGCCUUCAAAUUUCUGGGAGAUGAGCUCAUGCAAGUUUGAGUUAAACCAUUUAGAAAUUCUAGUUUCUUGUGUUUUUGCAGAUGUCAUUGUUUGAUGUACUUUUGUUGUGUCCUCCAAAGCUUCUAGUGUUUGGCUUUGAGUUUUUUCUUGCUUUUAAUUUCUGUGGUUUUGUUAUGGUGUUAGUUUGCUUUAGUUGUAAUGGCAAGGCUUCGCUUGGAUUGUAGUUCUUUUUUUGUACUGUUUCAUAUAAUGAAUUGAUGGCUGCUUGAUCCAUGUAAUAAUUUUAA